GAGCUGGAGAGAGUUUAUUGUGCUGGAGCUCAGAUCUCCCAUCUGAUCCUUUUUCUUCUGCCCACUUCCCAGAGACCCAGAAAUUUGUCCCCAGAUUCCAGAGAGAAUCAGGUGUAUUUAAACAUGGGCUCCAGAGGCAGGACACAGUUGUGUGAGUGUGAGCAGCCCCUCCUGCAGAAAGAGGAAGACGGUCUUCAAAGUCCCAGGACCCUGGGGGAUGAGCUCGCUGCUCUGAGGCUGCAGAAGCUGGAACAGCAGAAGCGGCUGUUUGAGAAGAAACAACGACGGAAGCGCCAAGAGCCCCUCAUGGUGCAGGCCAACCCCGACGCUUCGCUGCGGCACCGGCGAGGCAGGCGGCGGGAGGAGCGCCUGCCCGGUGACCGCGGCUGCGGAAACCCUUUCCUUCAGGAGAGCGUGCCGCAGGCACAUCUGCGCCCCGAGGCUCACAGUGUGCCGGGUACCGUGGGCUGUGGGGGCGAUGGCAGCGGCGAGCACGGCCCCCUGCUGGCCCCGAGAGAAGCAGACAAUUCCGAGCCAGAGUUGGAAGAAGUCGCGCUGGAGGACGCGGUCUCUCCCCGAUCCUAUAAAAAGCCUCAAGGAACCUGCCGCAGGGGCUGGGCCAACUACCGGCUUGGGGCCAGUGCAGACGACCAGAACAAAUUACAGGAUAUCGAAGACAAUGAGAACACAAUGAGUCCAGAACUGAACCCGGGGAUGGAAAGCGGAGACCUGUCCGCCUGCCAGGAGGAAGACCUGGAAGAGAAAAAAAAGGAGUGGGAGUCCUCAGCAAUGGACUCCCCAGCCGCAGCCAAGGAGGAGGUGUCUGAAGCAGAGGAAGAAGGCAAGGACCAACCUGACAGCCACGUGGAGAGCCCCAUGCACUCACCGCCCUCCAUGCCGGGCCCUCGACUGGGCGAGGACAUGGAGGCCUAUGUGCUGCAGCCCGCGCCUCAGGGCCACGUGGUGCAGUGCCGCAUCAGCCGCAACAAGCGUGGUGUCGACAGGGGCAUGUUCCCCUUCUACUAUCUCUACUUGGAGGCAGAAGAAGGCCUGAAGCAUUUCCUCCUGGCUGGGCGGAAGAGAAAAAGGAGCAAAACCUCCAAUUACCUCAUCUCCCUGGACCCCACAGACCUGUCUCGGGAUGGUGACAACUUUGUGGGCAAAGUCAGAUCCAACAUCUUGGGCACCAAGUUUACGAUCUUUGACAAUGGCGUGAAUCCCGAACGAAGGUAUUUGGUUCCAGGGACUUCCCGGAUCCGAGAGGAGCUGGGAGUUGUGUGUUAUGAGACCAACGUCCUGGGAUUCCGGGGGCCACGGAAAAUGACCGUGAUCCUCCCUGGGAUGGACAAGAAGAACCAGAGAAUCCGAGUGCAGCCCCAGAGUGAGCACGAGUCACUUCUGAGUCGCUUUCAUCGGGGAGCCAAACAAGGGCUGGUGUUGCUGCAAAACAAAUCCCCAUCAUGGAGUGACGAGAGCGGCGCCUACGUGCUCAAUUUCCAUGGUCGGGUUACCCGCGCCUCGGUCAAGAACUUCCAGAUGGUGCGCCCAGAUGACCCGAACUGCCUGGUGCUCCAGUUUGGCCGGGUGGCUCCAGAUACGUUCACCAUGGACUUCCGCUUCCCACUUUGCCCACUUCAGGCCUUCGCCAUCUGCUUGUCCAGUUUUGACGGGAAACUGGCUUGUGAGUAACUCAAUAAAUACCAACCCCUCACCA